AUGGACCAAAUAAGUGGAGACAUAAAGGUCAUUUCUCUAGGACACAAACAAGAAAUCCUAAAAAAGAAAACAAUUAAACAAAAAUUAGAAUCCCCAACCAAUGGUGCUCCCUGUAAAGAUUCUGAAAAAACUGAUACCCAAUCAAAUUUUGAAUUAAGCCAAGACAAUUCUCAAAAACCAUUCUAUGAAUAUCCAAGUGAAAAUGAAAAGAUAAAUGAGCUUGACCAAAGCAAUGACCGCACAAAAUGGUUUCAAGUAGUAUAUGAGAUAGAAGAAGUCAGUUCAAAUAUCAGGCAAGAAGCAAUUGCUGAAGAAAUAAAAACCGAACUUGAAAAAGGCUCAAAAAGCGACAUUAAUCGAUAUUAUGAGCUUGCUGGAAAGCCUCUGCCUGAAUAUACAUCGAAGAAAAUCAAUUGAAAUAAUGAUAGCAAUUUAAUAAAAUUUGACAGUCUUUUCGAAAGUGGAAAUCUUCAAAAAGCAAUUCGAGUAGAUGAGCGUGAAUAUGUGCUUUUUAUUCGGCCAGACACAAGAGCACAAAGCUACAAGCACUGGUUUUACUUUUUAUGUAAAAACCAAAACCCAGUGACAGCUAGAUUUCACAUUAUAAAUUUUGUGAAAUUUGACAAAUUAUGCUCUGAGGGUAUGAAGCCUGUCAUACUGUCAACAAAAGCUUUAUUGGAAAAAGGAAAAACCUGGAGAAGAAAAAGCUGGGAAACUAGUUUUACGGAGACCAAGGAGUUCAAGCAUCUUUUAUAUGGAGAAGACAGAGAUAUAGAAUGCUACACCUAUUCUUUUACCUACCAUUUUACCUAUGAAAAAGAUACUGUAAAGUUUGCAUACUCUUAUCCAUACACCUAUGCUGAUUUGUCCAAUCUUUUAAGUGGACUUACGUUAAAUUAAUUAAGGGCUUAAUGCAUCUUACGCCACAUGCCGAUAAAUAAUAGGGCUUGAGCCAAAAGCUAGUGCUGUCGCAGGCAUUUCUGGUCAAAAUGGGCAGACAUCCUAAAUCUUGCUGUCUCCACUCUAGCCAACGUUUCUCACCAAGCGCAUUUCCAUUUGCUCUGAACUCAGCUGCUGAGCAGUUAAAUCCUUGCCUUCAAUUAUCUCUUAUUAGCCUCAAGGCUGUUCAUCCCUCUCUGUUAGUACUUGAUGCUGCUGGAUAAGUAUAGAAGUUUCCUAUGUUUGGCGCUGUAAGGCCGAUAAAUUCUGAUCGGAUUUUUAUCGGUAGGUUGCACCAAAUCAAUGCCUUGGUCGGACCAAAAAGCGAUUUUGUCCGACGAACUUGGAAAGCUCCUGGGAAAAUGUCUGCGCUUUUAGCGCUAUAUAGAGGAAACCUCUAUAUCUCUAGGAAAACUGAACCUCGUAUAAUAAAUGAGCCCAGGAGAAAACUUUAAUAAUUGAAGUUUCGCACACAUCACAGUUUUAAGUGGAAUUACAAAAAAAAGCCCAAAAAUUGCUAGGGUCGAAAAAUUAGCAGACACACUUGGUGGCCAUUCUUGUGAUAUGAUAACAAUAACUAAUAGAGUUGGAACUUUUGAUUUAAAUAAGAAAAAAAGGAAAGAAGAUGAACAUUCCAGUAAAAAAGGAGUUGUAAUCACUGCAAGAGUUCAUCCAGGAGAAAGUCCUUCAUCUUUCAUUAUGCAAGGAUUAAUAAAGUUUCUGGUUGGGAGCUCAAAAGAUGCCAAAAUAUUAAGAAAAGAGUUCAUUUUCUGCAUCGUCCCCAUGCUAAAUCCUGAUGGAGUGGUUCAUGGGAACACUAGAUGUUCUCUUCUCGGAGUUGAUUUAAAUAGGAGAUGGAUAAAGCCCAAUAAAAUUUUGCAUCCAACCAUUUAUCAUACAAAAGAAUUAAUUGUGAAAUUAAAAGAAUUGAACGAUGUUGUCAUGUAUUGUGAUCUGCAUGCUCACGCAAAGAAAAGGAAUGUGUUUAUGUAUGGAUGCUGCCCUGGGUCAAAAACUGAUAAAAUGAAAAAAUUAUUGUCUAUGGUUACACCAGUUUACAUGGCUAAAAAUAAUGCAAAGUUUUCUUAUAAAAAUACUCAUUAUCGGCUGGAAAAACAAAAAGAGGCAACUGCGAGAAUUGUCUUGUUUAGACAAUUAGGAAUAGUAAAUAGCUAUACUAUGGAAUGCAGCUUUUUUGGGCCUGAGGAAGCGGGAAAUCCUUAUUUUUCUCUUGAAGACUUAAGUAAAAUUGGAAAAGACCUUGCAAGGAGCUGCUUGAUGUUUGUAAAUAACUCAACCUUGCACAGACACUUACAUUUGACAGCGGAAUGGCUGAAUGAAUAUAAAGGAUCAUCUAAAAAAGAUAAACAUUCAGAAGAAACUACAAUAGAUAAAGACUUAGAAUUUAAAGACAGUCCAUCCAAUGCAAGAAAUGAGGACAAUAUUUUAAUUCAAGCUAUUGAAAACGAAAUAGAAGAAGAAAUUAUUUAUGCUAAUAGGCAAGAUCAAAUUGAUAUAAAACAAAUUGAGGAUACUCUUUACAGUGAAAGCAAUCGAUAUGCAUUUACAGCGAAUUUUCAAAAUAAACUGAGCGACAACUGCAAAGCAUCUGAGCCUCUUGCCAGAAGUAUGAGUAAAGAAAAGCGGUCUACACAAAUUUGUCAUACAAAAUUCAUAUAGAAAUUUCCCAUAGAUGGCGCUGUUUGCCCUUGAUUUGCCCAUGAGGAAAAUUUUUUGGUUUGAUCAAACCAUAUGGUUCUGAUCGAACCAAAAAAAUUCCCCAGAGGGCAAAUCAAGGGUAAACAGCGCCAUCUAUGGAAAAUUUCUAUAUCAUUUACUCCAAACAUAAUUGCUCGCUCAAAAACACAAAAUUUUGGAAAAAAUCAGGCUGUUAAUGCAAGUAGAAAAGUAAGUCUAGAGUCAAUUAGUAGAAAAUCAAGUCUCCAAACAGAAACAAUUUUUAAAGCCAUAUCUCAUACCAAUGUACAAAAUGUUGUUUCUCCUUUAAAAGGGAAAAAAUUAGGGUUUGAGCUGAGUCCCAUUGCAGAAAAUAAGCUAAAGCAUCCAAUAUCAAACUUUGAUUAUAAAAGUGAUGCAAAAGCUUGCAUUUUGCAUAAAGGUUUGCAGUGUGGCAAUCCUAUAUUCUCUAAAAACUAUUUAGAAUGCUUGACUACUCAUAGCAGAAAUAAUUCAGAUAACCGAAGUCGGUCAAUGAAGGAUCUGUCCAAGUUUUUAAUUACAAGUAAGUUGCAAUAA